CGGACGGGCGGCAGCACGUGUGGGCGCUGUCGCCAUGGAAGCCCAAAGUAAAAAGAAGUUUGUCGGCAAGCGGGGAAAAGCCCCUCGUGGGAAGGCACCGCCUGGGAAGAGGAAAUUUAAGAAAGAUAAUGAUUCUGGUCCUCCAAAGAAAUUUCAUAGCAAGGGAGAUGAGGUGGGAAAACCUAAAUCCGUUUCCAAGAAAUUUGUGAAAGGAAAUUUAAAGCCUGGAAAAGCURGUGUCAAAAAAUUCAAGAAUAAGCAACAGCCAGAAAAAUCUGCAAAGAAGAGAAAACUCCGGGAUGGCGAAGAGAAAGGACCAGAUUCUAAGAAACCUAAAUGGGAUGAAUUCAAAAAGAAAAGGAAGGAAUUAAAGCAAAGUAGACAACUUAAUGACAGAAGCAACUAUGACAUAAUUGUGAAAUCAAAGCAAAUAUGGGAAAACGUGAGAAGGAAGAAAUGUGAUAAGGCACAGCGAGAAAAGCUAAUGAAUGAACUACAAAAGCUACUUCAGGGAAAAAUUAAAAGUUUGGCGUUUGCACAUGAUUCAACUAGAGUAAUCCAGUGCUUUAUCCAGUAUGGUAACAACGAGCAAAGGCAGGAGACAUUUGAAGAGCUAAAAGAUAGCCUUGUAGAGUUGAGUAAGUCAAAAUAUUCUAGAAAUAUCGUGAAGAAGUUUCUUAUGUAUGGGUCAAAACAACAAGUUGCAGAAAUAAUGAAAAGUUUUAAAGGCCAUGUGAGAAAAAUGCUCCGUCAUGCUGAAGCCUCUGCUGUAGUGGAGUAUGCAUAUAAUGACAAAGCCAUUUUGGAGCAAAGGAAUAUGCUGACAGAAGAGCUGUAUGGAAACACUUUCCAGGUUUAUAAGACACCAGUUGACCCAACACUGGAUAAAGUGUUAGAAGCUCAGCCUGAGAAGAGAGAGGCCAUUCUGGAUGAAAUGAAACAGAUUCUUACACCAAUGGCACAAAAAGAGGCUGUGAUAAAACACUCACUGGUACAUAAGGUGUUUCUGGACUUUUUCACUCAUGCUCUUCCAAAGCAAAGAUCUGAAAUGAUAGAAGCCAUCAGAGAAGCUGUCAUCUACCUGGCACACACUCAUGAUGGAGCACGAGUAGCUAUGCACUGUUUAUGGCAUGGUACUCCCAAGGACAGAAAAGUCAUUGUGAAAACCAUGAAGACAUAUGUUGAAAAAAUAGCAACAGGUGAAUUCUCUCAUUUGGUUUUGCUGGCAGCGUUUGAUUGCAUUGAUGAUACUAAACUUGUGAAACAGUUAAUCAUAUCUGAAAUAAAUGCUUCUUUGUCAAGUAUAGUAAACAACAAACAUGGAAAGAAGGUCUUGUUGUACUUGUUAAGUCCUAGAGACCCUGCACAUUUUGUGCCAGAAAUCAUCACUCUUCUGCAGCAAGGAGAUGGAAAUGCCCAUAGCAAGAAGAACGCAGACGUGCGCCGCCGUGAGCUCCUGGAAGCCAUCUCCUCCCCGUUGCUGGAGUAUUUGCAGGAACACACUCGGGAAGUCGUGAUGGACAAAAGCACCUUUGUCCUGGUUGCUGACAUCUUGGGAACAGCCCUUGGAGACAUACAGCCUGCACUGGAUGCCAUUGCCAACUUGGCAUCAGAAGAGCUGGUUCCAGGUGGCCGUGAUGGGCAGCUUCACAUUGCGGAGCAUCCAGCAGGCCAUCUAGUUUUGAAGUGGUUAAUUGAGCAAGAUGAAAAAAUGAAAGAGACUGGAAAAGAAGUUUGCUUUGGAAGAACAUUAGUGGAACGUGUUGGCAUUGAGAAUAUGAAGUCAUGGGCUGAAGUGAAUCGAGGUGCCAUAGUUCUUUGUUGUCUUCUCCGCAGUACCGAUCAAAAAGUGGCAAAUGCAGUCAAAAAAGGACUGAAAAGCCUUGUCCCGAAGUUGAAGCAAAAUAAAAACGCUAAGGGUAUGGAAGCCUUACUGGAGAAGUUGACUUCGUAGAGCAAGCGAAGCUAAGGAGACCGAAGGCAUCAGUGCUGGGGAGCCGGUUGGGAUUUGCACAGUGCGGUGCUGUGAGAGGCAGCGUAGGCCACAUUUGUAAAAUAAACCAUUUGUAAAAUGAUCCGUCUCUUGCACUCGUUCUGCAGCCUGCAGUGCCCGUCUGAGUGGCUGCUGUCAGAGAAGGAAACCUGCAGGCAAUUUAAGAGCUUGUGGAAACCUCUGAACGUACAGUCAAAAAUGUAAAUCACUCCUGAUACCCCAAAAGUUAUUUUUGCUAUUUCAAAGUUAUGUCAUAGUUACUGUAGAAGCCAUGAGGUGUGUGUUGAGGCUACCGUGCCUUUUUUUACUUCCCUUUUCUCCUACUUUCCUCAAAAAAAAAAGGCAGAACAACUGAAGCUGUAUCCACGUCUGUGGAGGACUGAUGGAGAUCUGGUGAAAAUAGGAUGGAAAAAGUGCCUGACUGGGUCCAUAAAUACAGAUUUUUAAUAAGACUAACACACCUGUGGUGUUAUCUCCCUUUCCAGUAGAGAAGACGAAUUUACUUUCCCAUGAUAAAAAAAAAUUGUCCUCUUGAUUUCUGUUGGCAUCUUACUUUGAUCCACAAGAAGCAAAUUAGUAUUUUAAUACAUAGUCUUCUACCCUUACUAGUGUUUGAGAGCAUGAGUAGUCAAUAGCUUCUUUCCUUUUACAAAUGAGUAACACCAGAUUGCAGCUCUGGUGCAGUAUAGUCCUGCUUUUGGUAAAUUGGGCAAUUAUUGGUGUGAACCUAUUGAAAUAGGGGAUUUGAAUCUUUAUUUGUGUGAGAACCAAAAAGAACACUUUUCCUGUGUUACUUGCGGUUUGUUCUUUCCUUGGGUUGGGGGGAUGAGAUAUUCCCCUGUGUUUUAGUUAAAGUAGGCACUUCCAGAAACUUUUGUUUAAAAAAGGGGAAUCCCGGGACUUAGAAGCACCAACAAAAAUYGUUUUCUUGGUAAGACUUUCAUGAUUGUAGAUGGUAGUAAAACAUUGCAGUGUUUAUAAUG